AUGGCUCGUAAACGGGGUGGUGGCUGCUGCCCCCGGCCGCCCCUCAACGAGGACAACGCCCGCUUCUGCCUGCUGGCAGGGCUUAUCCUGCUCUAUCUGCUGUGUGGGGCAGCUGUGUUCUCCGCCCUAGAGCGCCCCUCCGAGCUCCGCGCCCGACUCCUCUGGGACCAGCAGCUGGCCAACUUCACCCUGAGCCACCGGGUGAGCCUGGGAGCCCUGCACGCGCUGCUGCGCCAGUAUGAAGAGGCCAACGGGGCCGGGAUCAGAGUGGAUGCUCUUAGGCCCCGCUGGGACUUCUCUGGAGCCUUCUACUUUGUCGGCACGGUGGUGUCCACCAUCGGCUUUGGUAUGAACACCCCAGCUACCAUCCCUGGUAAGAUAUUCCUGAUCUUCUACGGCCUCAUCGGCUGUGCCGCCACCAUCCUCUUCUUCAACCUCUUCCUGGAGAGGAUCAUCACCAUGCUGGCCUAUAUCAUGCGCUGGUGCCACGAGCGGAGGAUGAGGCGCUCGGGGUUGGGGGCUGUGUCAGGGGCCGAGGAGCCCCGCAGUGAGGAGGACAGUCUGGAGGGCUGGAAGCCCUCAGUCUACUACGUGAUGCUGAUCCUUGGAGUGUCGUCUGUGCUGAUCGCCUGCAGUGCCUCCUCUCUGUACUGCUCCAUGGAGGACUGGAGCUACAUGGACUCCCUGUACUUCUGCUUCGUGGCCUUCAGCACCAUUGGCUUCGGGGACCUGGUGAGCAGCCAGAGGGAGCGCUAUGAGGCCCAGGAAGCCUAUCGCUUGGGCAACUGCCUCUUCAUCCUCAUGGGCGUGUGCUGCAUCUACUCGCUCUUCAACGUCAUCUCCAUCAUCAUCAAACAGACUCUCAACUGGAUCCUGGCCCGGCUGGCUUGUCCAGGCCGGCGCUGUCCCUGCUCGUGCCCUAAGAGAGGCCUCCGCAGACGGGUCUGCUGCCCCUGCCUCCAUAACAAACACUCCGGCUUGAGGCCUCCACCCGCACGACUCCGCCAGCAGCGCUUCAAAAGCAACGCCGUGCAGCCCACCCCGUCCCAAGUCCCCACAGGGCGACAUCGCUACACAGACGCCUCGGUGGAGACAGUGUGUGACAGCGAGACGGACGCUGGAGUGGGGAUGGACGGGGUCGCUGGGGGCCGGCGUCUCUCUGGGGAGAUGAUCUCGGUGAAUGACUUCACAGCGUCCAAUAAGGUUUCUCUGGCACUGCUGCAGAAGCAGCUGUGUGAGACGGCCCAGCAGGGCCCCAGGCAGAGCCACGUUCCUCGCCACAAUGGCUUCUCUGGGGGGGUGGGUGCAUUCGCCAUCAUGAACAACCGCCUGCAGGAGACCAGUGUGGACAGAUAGUCCCACCUGACCCCAACCAUACCCGUCACACCAACUCAGAAAUAAAGCACUGUU